AUGUCAAUUUAGAGAGAAUAGAAAGUUGUAUUUUUGUAUUAGCGUAUACACAUAUAUAUACAACCAAAGUGAUUAGGGUGGAACAUAACACCGACUCAUUAGCUAUACAUAGUAUAUAUUCCAUCAUACAUCUUCACACAUUUAUUAUGUGCUUAUACUUUAAUAGUCAAAUAAAUAAUCAGAUAAAACUAAACGAAUACGUAUUUCCCUCAAUUAUUCAGUUCUACCAAAAAAAAAAGCUCUUAAAAUAAUGAGGCGGCUUCUUUAAUUUGUCCUUACCAAUAACUUACUUUAUUUUAGUUACACUUUCCACACCCCAAACCCUAUAAAUACCCAAUCUAUUUUUCAUUCUUUACAUAUCGAAUUCAUUCUCUUCUUCACUGCCAAAUCUUCCAACUAAACUAAGCCUUUUAUUCUUCUAAAUAAUUAUCCUUAGCUCUCUUAAAUUUAUCAGUCCUUAGUAAUCAUGGGUGUCUUCACAUACACAUUGGCUGAUAUAACCAGCCCAGUCGCCGCGUCCCGGUUGUUCCAAGCUCUAGCCAUUGACAACCAUAACUUUGUUCCUAAGGCAUUGCCUCACUUGGCUAAGUCCGUUGUGUUUGUUGAAGGUGAUUCCACCACUGUUGGAUGCAUCAAGCAGAUCGAUUUCCCCGAUGAGGCUCCAUUCAAAUAUGUGAAAAAUAGAGUGGACGAGAUUGAUUCCAACAACUUCUACCUGAAGUACACUUGCAUUGAAGGAGAUGUGUUCCCUGAUACAGUGGAGUACGCUGUGUAUGAAGAUAAGUAUGAUGUAUCCGAAGCCGGAACCCGGUGCAAGAUGUUGGGACACUACCACAUGAAGGGAGACAAUGUGAUGAAGGAUGAGGAUGUUGAGAAGGCCAAAGAAGGAAUCCAAAAGAUGUUUAUGGCUGUUGAAGAGCACCUCAUUGCCAACCCUCAAGUUUAUGCUUGAAAUAUUAUCCAAAGUUUUAUGAGUGAUUUAAGUCAUCUAACUACAAAAAAUUGGAGCUAUUGAGUAUGUAAUGUGUGAUGUUUUGAAUUUAAUUUUCCUUUGUUCCUUAUUUGUGUGGUUUGGGAGAAAAAAUAAACUGUGAGAAAAGUAUGUAAUUGUUGGGAUUUGAAUUGUGAAGUAAGAGAUGUUAAGUUUCACUUACUAGUGAAAAGUA